AUGAAGACUGGUGUGGCUCUGCCAUGCUGGGGCCUCCAGUGCAACUGGCCCAUGGCUGAGGUUCCUACUCUGCGGGGUGGUGUGGGCAGCCGUCAGCCUUCGUCAAAACGGUCUCUUUGCGCUUCGCCUUUGUCGCCCCAAACGGAAGCGGAAGCGUCUUCGGACGAAGCUUCAACCGACAGAGCGGAACCGUCCGAAGACAAGCUCUCCCAUGCAGGACAAGACGUCAACGAGAAGGCGGCGCAACUGGCUUGCCGUGACUGGUCCCAUAGAAGAGAAUGCCAUUGGUUUCUUUUGCUUAGCAUGCUUGAGAAGUCUGACUCUAGAUUCUAUACAGAUCGUUUCGGCAUUUACUUAUCACAUGAAGCUUCUGCAUUUGUUGGGAGCUGGCCAGGAAUCACAUGGCCAACGUCAUAG